GUUUAUUUGAGAAUGGAGAGCAUUUUUGGCCAGAUUGAUCCUGCUUCGUUUGCUUUGGCCGUUAUUGGUACCCUCUGGGCUAUCGAACAAGGUCUUGGUGGUAUAACAAAAAACGCUAUGAAACGCUUCAACACAAAAACUCUUGGUAUUAUUCAAUCCUCAUACGAUCGCACAGAUUUACUUCGGCCACUCUUACGACAUAAACACGAUAUCUCUGAUAUCUCAGUGUCUCUAUUAUGCGAUAUGCUCGUAUCAACUUUCAAUAUCACAUCUCUUCCUCUUCGGGUUGGCAUCAAGAUUUGCAUUUUAGCUCAAAACUCGACCUUUUCUCUUAUCAAAAUCAUAUUUUUACUAUUUGCAAACCACUUCCUUUUUCUACACUCCUUGAUUUACCGUAAUCAAAGUCCCGAUGGAGCAUGGGUCUUUGAUGUGGAGUGGAGUGAACUGACUGUGAAGAUUGCCAUCGAGGAACUGCGUAGCCACAUAUUUGGUGAUAAUUUUCUGAGUAUCUUAUACGAAGUGUCUCAGUCAAAGUCGGGGCCUCUUGCCUGCAAGUUACCGUCCGAGAAUACAUUUGAUGACAACGUCGGUAUUGCCGAGCUAUUAAUUACAGCGUUCGCUCUUUAUAACAUUGAUGGGCGCCAAGUCGUUGAAAAACGUGAUAUACAAGUACUCAAUCUUGCUACUGCCAUGUUUGAACGCGUCAACGUAUUCUACUCUAAAUUUGCGACAGUCAGCAUAUCUAUUGACGAAAUCAUCCUUCAAUUCUCUAUCAAUGCACUUGCACAAUACUUUUUGCUGCAUCAGGAAGUUGAAGAAGCAUUAAUGGAUAUGGCAUACGCAGCUGGACAUGCAAUUGCGAUAAACUACCGUGGAACAACAGAUGUAGCUAUGGAGAAAUCCACUUACUCGAAUUGGAUCAAUGAUAAUUUCAUUUAUAAUACACCGUUUCCCUGGUGUCAACAUAAUAGCUCUUUCAGAAAAUGUCAUUGCUGGCUUACUCGCUUUCUGAUCAUGGAUGCAGAAACAGCCAUCACCUUGUAUGGUGAUUAUUCAGAGCGAGAUGUCAUUGUUGUGUGCAUGAAUGAAGACGAGGCAGUCCAAAAAUUCGAAUCACUAGCUGAGACUGCCGCAGCCUUUGUUCAACUCUCUUCUCAAUCACAAAACAUUAUCAAUUCAACGCAAUUUAAGCGUACGGAUAGGAUAGUAAUAGCAAGUAGCGGUGAAAGUAAAGAAAAAGCCAAGACGGAAAAAGAGACCAAGCAUCAAAUCAUACCCAUAGAAUAAACAGUUCUAUAAUCGCUUUUGUGUUACCUCCCUUCUUUUUCUGUCUGGUUGCUUACUUAA